GCGCCAGCGGGUUUCGCGGGACCACAGAACGAGAAGCGGAGGAAAAAGAGAGGAGGAGGAAGAACUGACGAUUAGAACCCGGAGAGAGGAGCCGACAGCCGGGGGAACCUGCGGCCGCGAGUCGGUGUCUCUGGAGCUUCUCCCCGGAUCCCCGCGGAGCCCUGUCCCUGAAAGAUCUGGAAACAGUGGACACUUAAACAUCACUCAGGCCUUAAGUUAUAAUGAUGGCGACGGCUGAGCCUCCGAGCAGCUCCAGCCUCCUCCCUCUGCUGGAGUCUCUGGAGGACAGCGCUGCUGGACAGUCCGAGCACACGGACGCCUACCUCACCAUCGCCAACCGCCUCAGUGGAGAAGAAGCUCGUCAGUUCCUCCCUGCAGUUGAAAAGCACUUUUCUCGUCUGGGUAAAACCAUCUUGACCCACGUCACCAGUCCGAGCGCGGAGCUGAGCCAAGCCGCCCUGCAGGCGCUGGGGUUUUGUGUGUACCAUUCUCAAGUAGUCUCCGGCGUGCCUGAAUCCUUUGCAGCAGAAAUACUGUCAGCACUUUGCUCCCUGGUGGUGAAGUCGACGGACAAGAACACGUGCACCAGAGCAUUGUGGGUCGUCUCCAAACAGGGCUUUCCUCCAGAUGUAGUUUCCAAAAAAGUGCCGUCUAUACUGGGAACGCUGGAGAGUGUGUGGAGCAGAGAAGACAUCCAGUCUGUGGUAAUGGAGCACGAAGCCUUGAAUGUUAUCAUCAGGUUGCUGGAGCAGGUUCCAGCUCCGAUGGGCGUUGGAGCCGUGCAGUGGGCGAAGCUGGUCAUUCCACUGGUCGUCCACUCCGCCUCCAAGGUGCGUCUACGGGCAGCGGCCGCCAUGGAGAUGGGGAUGCCCCUGCUGCUGGAGAAACAGACGGAGGUGGCGGCUAUCAUCGAACCAAUGAUGGCAACGAAACUGAUCCCAGAGCUGCAGAAGCUUUUCAUGUCCAAGAAUGAAGCAAACGUGCUGAAGCUCUGGCCUUUGUUUGUGAAGCUGCUCGGGAAGAUGCUGCACAGAGGAGGUCCCUUCAUCAACUCUCUGCUGCAUCUGGAGGAGCUUGGAUUCCGCAGCUCCUCCCCCACCAUCAAGAAGAUCGCCUUCAUCGCCUGGAAAAGCCUCAUAGACAACUUCUCCCUCAAUCCAGACAUCCUGUGCAGUGCCAAACGUAUCAAGCUCCUGAUGCAGCCGCUCGCGUCCAUCCACGUCAGGACCGAAGCUCUGCUGCUCACCAAGGUGGAGGUGUGGUGGUACCUGGUGGUGCAGCUGGGACCCAACCUGGCCUCCAACUUUGAUCAGGUUUCUGUGCCUUUGCUCCAGUGCACCAUCAGAUGUGACGGCUCCUCCGUCCCAGCCACUCCCUCUAGAGCCAUCACUCAAAAUGGUGCCGCUACACCUGGAACACCCAAGACCGGAGCUACUCCGGGCUUCAACAGUCCGGCCAACACGUCUCGCAUGAGCCUGAACUCCAGCGUCCAGGUCCCCUCCGCCUUCCCCUCCAUCCAGCUGCUCGGCCUGGAGAUGCUGCUCCACUAUUUCCUGGGACCGGAGACUGUUGCCACCGCAGCCAAAAGAAAACUCACCCUGAGUCUCGAGCCCCUGAACCACCCGCUCGUCUCCGGCUCCUCCUCCUUCACCAAACACGCUGCUGUUCUCAUCUCGACCCUCAGAGAUGGAUUCAUAAGCGUCGGCAAAGAUGCUCCAGAUGCUCUGUUGAACGUUUUAUGGACGAAUCUUGUGCGUUUUGUCAACAUGACCAUAGAGUCCGGAGGCAGUAAGAAGGACCGGCAGGGCUCUGAGGUUCUCACCCUGAUGCUUCAGGCUCUGCAGAGCAUCGUCACCUCAGAGAAUCUGCCUGCACACAAAGUCCUGGUUCUCCUGGAGGCCACAGUGAAGGGAGUUCCUCAGCGAGUUCUUGGCUCCGCCUCUUAUCAAGUCGGCAAGAUGGACGUGCUAAAUGGAACACCAGCUCUUUAUCUCAUCCUGCUCCUCUACAACAGCAGCAUGCUCUCAGCCUACAACGAGGACGAGAGAUUCUUUCAGUGCCUUCAGACCCUGGUGGGCUGCGGCCUGUCGGGCCACACCUCCCCUCUGGCGUUUGCCGAGGCGGUGCUCGGGGCCAUCGGAGGCAGCGCCCGGUCUCUGCAGAGCAAGGAGCAGCUGUGGAGGAUGUGGAGCGUGAUGGUCGCUCCGCUCACAGACACCAUCACACAGUCUAAUGAAGUGAACCAAGGUGACGCUCUGGAGCACAACUUCAGCGCCAUGCACUCUGCACUGCUCUUCCCAGUCACCCACCUCCUACAUGGCUCCCCACUGCAGCAGGCGUCCCAGAAGUCGAUGUUGUCCACGUGGUCUAAACUGUACAAGGUGUUCGCCCGCUGCUCCUCGCUGGUGGUCACGGCCGAGGAGAACAUCUGCUGCGAGGAGCUCUGUGCGAAGAUGACGGCUUCGAUCGACAUAGACGCCCUGAAGGUCCCGUCAACUUUAAAUGCAGUUUCCAGCCUCCUCCAGGUGAUGGUGGAGUGUGUGGACUUCUCUCCGUACUCUCCUCAGUUCAAGCAGAAGCUGAAGUCUCCUCACACUCCUGUGAACUGGAUGAGAAAGAGAAACAAGGCUCUGGGGAACUUGUCCACGUUUCAGUCCCUGCUGGUCCAGUGUCUGGAGGUUUAUCUCCGGGACCCCAAGGCGUCGUCGGAGGGCACGGUAGUCUCGCUGGUCUCCAUCAUGUCGGCUCUCUUCACCAAUCUCGUCCUCGCCAACGCCGUCCGGGAGGCGCUCGCUUCUCUGGUUGGACCGCUCUCACUCCUCUACAGUCACGCAGCCAUCGAGGGUACCGAGUUCACAUCGUCGCUCCUGAUGAAGCUGGAGAAGCUUCUGUGUGACGUCCUGGGCUGCGUUCAGAGCCGCUCUGCUCUGGCCUUCAACGACGAGCUGCUGGCUCUGCUCUCUCCUCUGCUCUGUGUGUUGUUUCCACUCAAGAACAAGCACCUCCGCACGUUGGUCGUCCAGUUCUGGAACGCCACCUUCGCCAACUCGGUCAGCCUCACCUACCCCGAAGAGAUCAGACCGAUCCUGAGCCAGGUGAAGCAGAAGAUCCCGAUCAUUCUUCCCGGCUUUGAGGUGGUCACCGUCUCUGGAGAUCUCAGUGGCCAAGAUUCCAGUGAGAGUUCCCAGUUGGAGACCAAGCUCAGUGGGAUUCCCGUUUCGUCGGUGGGAAAGAGGGACUCGCUGCUGGGGAAGGCUGCGGAGCUGAAGGACAAGAGCUCCACGAAGACGUCCAAGCCAGUUUCUACAAAGCUGGAUUUUGGCUCUCCAAAGCCCCCCCGCAGAGAGGUCCUGGAGGAAGAGGCCUCAAUUGACUUUGUCUUCAUUCCCCCUGAGACGAAGGAGAGAGUUCUGACCGAGCACCAGAAGGAGGUGAAGAGGACUAAAAGGGGUGAUAUCCCGGCCAUGUACAACAACCUGGACGCUUCUCUGGAUACAACAGUUUUCACUCAGUACACUCAGAGCCAAGAGGACUCCUCGGAGAAACUGCAAACAGAACAAAAUGACAAGGUCAGCAAAGAGGCUCCCGACGAGGUUCCACAGGAAGACAUGGAAAAGGGGGAAGAGGCUGAAAUUCCAGCAAGAGCGACUGGAGACUGUUCCAGCUCAAAAGAAACAGAAGAAGAGACAGGGGACCACCAGGGUGAAGAAGACAUGACCCCUGAGCCAGCAGAUGUUUCCAUGGAGGAAGAUGCCAAGAGUGGUGAUACAGUAGAAGACAUGGAGUCUAAAGACGGCUCAAGUCCUAACAUCUCCAGCUCCUCAGAUCUGGUCUCGGGGACUCCUCAGAAACCCAACAGUCGCCGUCAGUCCUUUAUCACUCUGGAGAAGUAUGCCGAGGGAAAACCUGCCAGCCCCAGCAGCACAUUCACAGGUCGCCUUGGAAAGUCCUCCAGUAGCCAAGAACGCUCCAAAAACAGCCAGGCAUCUCCUUCUCAGGCCUCCCAGAUAUCUGCAGGUCCAGACUCUCUGGAUUCCCAAUCCCCUGGGAGAGUGGACUCGCAGAAUCCUGUUAACGAUUCCAUGGAGUCCCCUCGACGACCUAAAGACUCUGGGAUUAAGAGUGAGCCUGUCAGGCUGACUGAGCGACUGCCCAGUGACCCGACAGAGGACGAAGACGUUAUCCCAGACACCCAAACCGAGGCCGAGGAAACGCAGCCGUCCAGUCAGGAAGAGGAACUGAACGAUUCUCAGUCUGUGUCGCAGGUUUCUCAAGGUGAAACCAGACGCUCUGGGCGCCGCAAAGUCAAACCUGUGCUGCCUGGCGAGGACCCUGAAUCCCAGGGAGAGAAGUCCUCGACUAAAAGGAGACGUUCUGGGGAGAAGCUCAACAAUGAUUCUCCAGACUCGACUCAAAGCAGAGUAACCAGGAGAAGUCAACAGAUUUCUGAGGAAGCCAGUGGCAGAGAGAGGUUACGAACGAGGGCUCAGAAGGACAAGAGCGAGACGAGCCUAACCGACUCUCAGGGUAGAGCCCACAAGAAGAUCAAGCUGCAGAGCAACUCAGAUGAGUCCCUCGAUAAUCCUGAACCCAGGAGAGGAAGACAAAGAAGCACCAGAGAGCAAGAGUCCAGCCAAACUGUUCUGCAGUCCGACAGUGAAAGCCAGUCACAGAAAAAACGGGGUCGCCCUAAAAGAGCUUCAUCAGAGAUUAACAAGGAGGUGGGGGUGAAGAGAAAGAUGAGGGAUUCACAGGAGAAAGGAGAGUCCAGCCAAACUGACACACCGGUUGUAGAACAGAAGGAAAAGGAGGAUCAGGAAAUAAAGAGUGACUCUCAGAUGACCUCUCCUUCUCCUCAAACUGGUGCCAGAUCCCAGGACUCUGAGGUUGAGGAACAGAAGGAAAAGGAGGAUGAGGAACUAAAGAGUGACUCUCAGAUGAUUACUCCUUCUCCUCAAACUGAUACCAGGUCCCAAGAGCUUGAUGUUGGUGCACAAACUGAACAGGUAGAACAUGAACUACUGAACGACUCUCAGAUAAUCAGCGCUUCCCCUCAAACUGAUACCAGGUCCCAGGACUCUGAGGUUGUAGAACAGAAGGAUCAGGAACUAAAGAGUGACUCUCAGAUGACCACUCCUUCUCCUCAAACUGAUACCAGGUCCCAAGAGAUUGAACCUGUAGAACAAACCAAACAAGGUGAUCGUGAACUAAAGAACGACUCUCAGCUGAUCAGCUCUUCUCCUCAAACUGGUAUCAGAUCCCAAGAGUUUGAACUUGUAGAAAAAAACGAAAAAGAUGUCGUUAAGCCAAAAGAUUCUGAAAUCCUAACCUCCUCUCAACCUGAUGGCCGAUCCUUGGAAUCUGAGCUUGUAGAAGAGACCAAAAAGGAAGAUGGUUCUAUAACCGUCUCAACCAACGAGGCCCAAGACAGAACCGACACAACAAUCGAGUUGGAGAAUGAAUCGGAGGUCAAAGGCAAACCCAAGACAAGUGAUGGUGUUGAUGAGGACCUUAGUCGAGAGGACUCUGAAGUGAUCACACCUGUAUCUUCUGAAAGCCAGUCUCGGCGUAGAUCCGGAAGAAGCAAGGCUGCAGCGGAGUCCGAAGACAAGAGUGACAGUCAGCCUUCAUCAGGAAGAGGGAGACGGUCAAACUCAAAGAUGUCAGCUGUCGCUCAGGCAGAGGCCAGCAUCGGAGGGAGAACCAGAAGAAGCAAAGCAACUCCUGGCUCAACCCCGGAGAGUUCUCAUUCGUUAGAAGUUCCUGGAUCUUCAGAGUCCUCCCAAGACAAGGGCAGGUACUCCAGACGAAAGUCGUCCCAGGCGUUGGUUCCCAGUUUGGAGUCUUCAGAGUCUGAAAACUCACAGCCCAAAGAAAUGCCCAAAAAGAGAGGGAGGAAACCGAAAGCUUCACUUCCCAGUCCUCUCGCGGCUGAUUGUAAAAUAGAUGGAAUUGAAAACGAUGUAGCAAAGGUUGUUGUUGAUGAUUCUCAAGAAGAAGAUACACAAAUCACAGAAGCCACAACUGAAACAGUUUUAGACGAAGCACAGAAAAGCCUGAAUGUUCAGGAUUCUGAAUCCUUCCAGGAUGAAGCUGAGCCGGAGGAGCAACCUGACCAAGAAUCACCGAUGGAGGAAGAGGCUGAUGCUGUCGUGGCCUCAGAACCUCUCGUUCCAGAGCAAACUGAGAGUGACGACAAAGAGGGAAGCGUUGUCUCCCCGAGCAAGAAAGAGCAAAGAGACUCGCCAACAAAAACUGAUGAAACUUCUUCUCAAGAGAGUGACACCGGGGACGUAGAAGUGCCUGAACCAGCUGGGAGCAGUAAUGAGCAGAUACAGGAAACUGUGCCUCCUGCUGUGGAGACACUGGUGUCUCUGGAUGAGACCACGGAGGAACCUCAGGUCUCAGAGUCCCCAGAGGACCAAGCUGAAGGCGUUUCUGAAACUGGGGACGGUGAUGAACAAGCUGAUUCAGACCAAGAACAUCCAGUUGUCCCAGUGGAAGCUGCACCUCAGGAUGGAAACCAGGUUGAGCUUCCAAAAGUCACGGAUGAGCCUUCAAAGGAGGAGGAGCCAUCGGAGCAGGCCACAGAGCUCAUCACAGAGGAAGACGCCGCACCUCCACCAGAGGAUGAUGAAGACAACAACCAGAUGAUGGAGUGUCAGGAUGAAGAGCAAACUCAGGCGGCCGACGCUGAGGACGAUGUCGUUGAAGAUGUGAUCGUGGCUCCGACUGAUCCGUGCGACGCUCCAGUGUUUGCGGCUUCUUCCGGUAAAGAAGCUUUUCAGGAUUCUCCCGUGAGGCAGAAGGACCUGGAGGCUGUCAUGGGCUUAGAUGUUGGCCAGAGCCCCAGCGGUGGCAGGACCAGAGGAACCUGGUCUCCCUUGACCUCCCCCUCCACCAGCAUCCUGAAGAAGGGCCAGAAAAGACCACUGGAGGAUGAGACCCCCUCGCCCCUCGUCAAAUCCAGACGUGUGUCUUUUGCCAAUCCCAUCCAGAGGCAGGAACUGGCGGACGACAUUGAUCGUCGCAGCCCCGCCAUCAGAACCAGUUCUCCCAGAAGACCCAAAGUCAGCGCCAUCCCUCUACCCAAAUAUGUCACGACUCCGACAAAGGGCUUGUUGAUCCUGAGCCCCAGGAAUCUGCGCAGUCCAGGUUCCAAGAGCUCCAAGAAAUGCCUGAUUUCUGAAAUGAACCAAGAGCCCCGCCCUGUCCCCAGAGACUGUAUCUAUCCGGCCCUGGUCGGCUGCUCUGCUCCUGUGGAGGCUGUGCUGCCUCAGAUCUCCUCCACCUUGUGGUCUCGGGGCUUCGGGCAGCUCGUUCGAGCCAGAAACAUCAAAACGGUCGGGGACCUCAGCGCCUUAACGCCCCUCGAGAUCAAGACUCUGCCCAUCCGCUCGCCCAAGAUCUCCAACGUCAAGAAGGCCCUGAAGUUCUAUGAACAGCAGCGUAAAGGUCGAGGUGGCGACGAGUUGAAGAGUCUCGAUGAACUGGAGUUGAUGACGUCGGAGCUGGAGGAGACCAGUGCUCCUCAAAACCAGGAGGACGAGGACAAGACCUCAGGCGAGACGCUCGCAACGGAGCUGAUGGACGAACCCGUUCCUGCAGAUGAAAGGUCUCACCAGGACGUCUCCGGGGAUCGAACCCCCGACACGCCGACAGGAGGAGGAGGAGAAGACGAAGGAGCGCUUCAUGAGGGCGGGCUCCUGUCGGACGUGGACGCCCUCACCUGCAGGAUGACGCCUCUUGAACUCAGUCGCUGCUCGCCGCUGCAGCUCGUCCACGUGCACGAGCAGCUGGGCGGCCUGAUGAGCCGCGUGGUCGGCGAGCUGCAGACACGCCUCCGCCAGGCUGACGGCAAAACAUGAAGCGCCCCCUGGUGGUCAGACUGCUGCACCGGCGUGAGGAGGACAAGCCAGGCUUCAUGUUGAAUCAGCUGAUUUCACCUGUGGAAUCCAGCAUCCUCGGCCUUUUCUCACCUCUUUGCCUUUUUGCUCUCUGAGAAAGGUCUUUUUUUAAAAACGAAUUCUAGCAGCACAUCACUUUUAUCUCUGUAGCUCGAGCUGUCGGGUAGUUUUUAAUAAACACUCCGAGGGAAGCACGGUCACACUUUGAAAAGCUGUGACUCAGGAUGUAUGAUUAGCUGUAGUGGGGACAGGAGAGUGCUUUCCCUCUGUAGACGCUGUGGUGAGGCACUGGUGCAGUAUUAAUUGAAUAUUCCCUGAAACAUGUUUGUACAGAUGAGGUCACUUCCUCCUGUUUACGACUCAUCAGUGCUCUUGUAAAUUAUUGUAGCUUCCUGGUUUCUUUUCUCGUCCCACACAAACGUCUUAUCUCAUUUUUAAUGUGAAGAAACGAACAUUAGAAAUGUCUGCACUUCUCUAUUUGUGACUUUUAAAUACUUUAAAUAAAAAAACUGAAGAGGACUUUUAAAAUAAAUGUUUUUAAAAUAAAGCUUUGGGUUUUUUUUUAAAAUGAGAAUGAAGUGGGGACGUUUUUGGGAGCAACGGUUUAAAACAUUUGGAUGGACACUAAUGUUUAGUUUUAUCAAUUUUUGAAUAAAAGGGAAGAUGC